AUGUCGACUGCCGCUUUGCUCCUCCAAGCUGAGGAAGAGGCGGCCUCAGCCAGGACCUUGUCCUCUCGCUCGGGGAUUAUCGAAGCACAAACCGACAAGGUCGACGGACCACAGCGCGAAGAGAAUUAUCGCAACGUCCCUGUGCGACACAGGAGAUACCUCCAUCAGCGGCCCGCGGCCAGCAUUGUUCCUGGAGGGAUGCGCGAUGUCGCCACCACCGCUCCGGCGGCCACAGCAGGACCCUCUUCUCAAUCUGACGACCAGGGAUCACACCCAUCGCGACGGAACGUCAAAGGAGGUUCGCGUCGGGACAAGACGAGCGAAGACAGACCAUCGCGGCAAACGAGCUCGCAAAGCUCGGGUGAAGGGGCACCGCGACGGAGUGAAAGGCUCCGAGCAAAGGCAGAGUCGCCUGCUGACAAGCCAGAAAAGGCAUCCGGCGCAAACAAAAACCGGGAAAAGACUUCCAGUGGCGAGCCAAGCACGGCUCAGCCAAUCGAUGCGAAAGCGAAGAUUCCAGCCAGGAACAAUGCGAAGCCCACGAAUGCCGCCGUGAUAGGUCAAAAACGGGGACGAGACGCGCCCAAUGGCGUGAGCGACCUGGCCAAAACGGAGAAUUCAUCCAGGAAGAAGGCUCGUGUAACGAAGACAACCGGAGUUGACCCAAUAAGUGGAGGACUCACCAUCGCUGGUCCAUCCACAAAGGCGACAAAGGAGAACACUUCGCGCAGAAGGAAGAAGUCGGCCGCCUGA